AUGAGUAGCGCUCAUGAUGAGCUCGCGGAAACCCUCAGGGACUUCACCCGCCAGCUCGAGGAGACCAACGCCAAGCUCGAACUUGAUCCGGAUAAUGCAGAGAUUCUCAACCUGAAGACCGAGCUCGAAGCGGGCAUAGCCGAGUUCGACGCUCUCCUUGCCGAAGAGAGGGCCGGCGCUCCAGCUCCCCCGUCGCCGCCCAAGGAAAAGUGGUCCAAGGAGAACCACCCCGCCUACCGCAAGCCUGCGCCUACUCCCUCCGAAGAUGAGGCUGCUCCCGCUGUCGCCUACAAGGUCAAUGAUGUCGUCCUGGCAAAAUGGAAGUCUGGCGACAAGGGUUUCUACCCUGCCAAGAUUCUGAGCAUUACCGGCUCCUCAACCUCACCCAUGUACCACAUAAAGUUCACUCAGUACUCUGAGACCGAACGCCUUGAGGGCCAUGAGAUCAAGCCAAUCUCUAACGAAUCCAAGAAGCGCAAAGCUGAUGGCUCACCAGUCACGCCCACAACUCCCACCGCUCCUGCCACUGCGGGCGUCAUCUCAGCUGCAGCGAACAUCAACCCAGAGCUCGCCAGCCAAGCGAAGAAGGAGCCGAGCAAGGUCAGCGACGGGCCGCCGAAGCCGGCCAAGAUUCCGCGCAAGGUCAAGGCAACCAAGGAGCUCGAAACAAACAAGAACAAGUGGCAGCAGUUCAACGCAAUGACCAAGGGCAAGAAGAAGGACAGCAUGUUCCGCACCGGAGCUAGCGUCAACGCGAGAGUCGGCUUUACCGGCUCCGGCCAACAGAUGCGCAAGGACCCUACGCGCAGCCGCCACGUCUACCAGGUGGGCGAGGAGGAACCUUGA